GUCCUUUACUAUGUGCUUCGUGAUGGUUCCUUGCAUCAGGGUACUGUUACAUCCAUGGAACCAAAUGAGGGGACUUUCGUGCUGAACUCUGAAAGUAACAAGAAGCGAAAAAUCAAGCCCGUCCAUCUUGUUGAUGUUCCUGGGCAUUCUCGUUUGCGGCCCAAACUGGAUGACUUCUUGCCUCAAGCAGCUGGCAUUGUGUUUGUUGUGGAUGCUGUGGAGUUCUUACCAAAUUGCUCUUCAGUUUCAGAAUAUCUGUAUGAUAUUUUGACCAGGGCCUGUGUGGUCAAGAAGAAAAUUCCAGUCCUCAUCUGUUGCAACAAAUCUGAUAAAGUGACUGCACAUACCAAGGAGUUCAUCAGAAAGCAAUUAGAAAAGGAAAUUGAGAAACUGAAGGCAUCAAGAAGUGCAAUAUCGGCAGCUGAUAUUUCAAAUGACUUCACUCUGGGAGUACCCGGAGAAGUAUUCGCUUUCUCUCAGUGUAGAAACGCGGUUACCAUUGUCGAAGCUUCUGGUUUGAAGGGUGAAAUAGCACAAGUAGAACAGUUUAUCAGGGAACAUGUAAAGCCCUAAAGGCUAGAAACAUUCUG